AGUCGCUCAGGGAAAGGUCGGGGAAUAAACCCAUUUGGAUAAUAGAGAAGCAGAGAAGGCCCGUUUUUCUCUCUUCAGGAAUUCUCCAUCCCAGCUUUUUCAAGAUUUCCGGAUAGCCGGAGGAGCCACCAUUCCACGGCCGAAGCUUUGCCGAGUUUUCCGUCUGAGUCUCUUAAGCUCGCCGGAGUUGUUUUUCUGUCUUGCUAUUCUUUUUUCUAGCUAUUCCACAAUCUCUCACUUCUAUACCUGAGGGAAAGAUGUCUGAGCUCGCGGCAUCGGAGGUGUUCGCCUCUGGGCCGAGUAGUACGAGGACGCUGCAGGUCUGGAGGACGCUGAUGAGCUGGUUUAGUUUCGUUUUCCGGAUUUUGUGGCAGAUCGUCAAGGGGACCCCUUCCUUGUCCCAGGUCCUCUCAUUUUUGGGUGUCCGUCACCCGCUGCUCUCCUCUUCGCUAGCUUUCAAGCCGCUCCCUGCCCAUGCUCCCACUGAUACGCCGCCGCCAGCUGCGUCAGAGCAGACCGCCGCCGUGGGGAAGCUGAUGGUGGUCCUUGACCUGGAUGAGACUUUGGUAUGUGCAUAUGAGUCGUCUAGCCUUCCUUCUUUUGUUCGUAAUCAGGCAAUUGAGGCUGGUCUGAGGUGUUUUGAGCUGGAAUGUAUGUCCGGAGAGAAGGGCUUUGAAGGAGAACCAAAGGUUAAUCAUGUAACGGUGUUUGAGCGACCUGGUUUACAAGAGUUUCUGCAGCAAAUUAGUGAAUUUGCUGAUCUAGUUCUUUUCACAGCUGGUCUUGAAGGUUAUGCCAGACCACUUGUUGAUAAAAUAGAUGUUGAUAACAGAUUCUCUCAUCGUCUUUAUCGCCCUGCAACUGUCAGCACGGAAUUUCAAGAACAUGUUAAAGAUAUAUCACACAUUUCGAAAGAUAUGUGUCGGACUGUUAUUGUAGACAACAAUCCUUUCAGUUUUUUGCUUCAGCCAUUAAACGGGAUACCAUGUGUUCCAUUUUCCGCUGGACAGCCUUAUGAUGAACAGCUGUUGGGUGUUAUUCUUCCACUUCUGAAGCGCCUCUCUCUCCAAAAGGAUGUGAGGCCUGUACUGUACGAGAAAUUUAACAUGCCAGAAUGGUUUAAACAGCACGGAAUCCCUAUUGCUGUUUCCAAGUAGAGUAUGAUUUGUGCCAGUCAUUUAUUGGACAACGGUAACGGUAACUUCAUCCGAGCCGUUGGUCUGGUUUGCCUAACCCCGUAAUUUCUGUACAUUUUGUAUUGUUAGGUUUGUGGAUAUUGUUGAGUGUUUAAAGUUUGUUAUUUGUGAUGUUUAAAAAAGAAAUGAAAAAUGUCUGUUUGUAUGUUUCGGUUGAUUGGUAAUAUCAGGAAAGCCCAUGCUAGUGGGAAGAAAAUGAAAAAAAAGAAGAAGAAGAAAGUUUUGCUUCGCGGUUUGUGCAAUUAAAUUGUAAAAUGUAUUAAAUUUGGAAGUUCUGGUUUUGCGAAGAUAGGGUUUAGGAAAAAAUGCAUCUUUGAUACGGAUGAAGCAUAAUUGUUUGGGCGGUUGUUCUGCAAACAUUUAUCAAGUCAAAUUAGGAAUGAAUUGAUUGGCCGGCUGGCAUAAUACUGGGAUGGUUGCAGGUUGCUUGUAGGAGGCUGCAAUUAUUUGUA